AUGCCAGACGUAGAGAAUCUCAACCCUAAGGAGGUUUCUCCUGGGGAUGAGGCGAUCCCUCAUAAAGACAUGCCUUCAAUUACGAAAAAGGAUCGACCUACCUUAUCCAAAGACGAUGCUAUGGACGUCGUGAGGUAUCUCGAGCUUUUGGAGCAGUUGUUCAAGGGCAUUGUCAAAACCGAUCGAGCCAAGAAAAUCUAUGCGACUCGUUAUAUAGACGACCCUAUAUCUGAAAAGACAAUGGGAAGCUAUACCAGAGAGAAGGCCUAA